CCUUGGCGCCUUGCCGAGCUCAUGCUCAAUUUUGCAUACGUCCUUCUCCAGGUCCCGCUCAUCGCACUCUUCAAGCCCGCCCCUCCUAAAUCCGACGAACUCAGAAAACCGUUUGGACGGAUCGCAGUCAUUGGCGCUGGCCUCACAGGCAUAUCCUCCGCCGCACACGCGAUAGCCCACAAUUUUGAUGUGGUCAUAUACGAAGCAUCUGAUCGUCCAGGAGGGAUAUGGUCCCGCGUCAACAAAACUUCUGGCCUUCAGCUCAACUCGCUACUGUACCGUUUUCACCCUGCUGUGUGCUGGCGCCACGGGUUCCCUGAGCGGGACGAAAUCUUAGAUGAGAUUAAACGCGUUUGGAAGGAGUACAAGUUGGAGGGGCGAACGCAAUUCAAUACGCCUGUGACCUCCAUCCGCCGCGCGCCGAGUACAUCCUCCCCUGGCGCACGCUGGCUCGUGAACGACGGUAGCGACGGCGCGUUCGAUGCCCUGAUCGUGACUGUCGGGACGUAUGCAGGUGAAAGCGGCGGCGACGACGAUGACGACGACGAUAUGUUUGAUGGGCCAAUCUUGCACUCGUCGGAGCUCGAUCGAGAGGAUGCGGACAUGGCGGGUAAGACUGUGAUCGUUGUGGGUAGCAGCGCGAGCGGGGUGGAGGCGGCGGAGGCGGCGCUGACCAGAGGCGCGAAGAAGGUGUCGAUGGUGGCGAGAGACGACAAGUGGAUCAUUCCGAGGAAUAUUGUGGUUGAUACCGCCAUUUCGGCGCAGCCAUUUGGGAGGGAGAUGCCUCUAAGUUUCUUGUGGGAAGGGUUCCUCCGAAACUGGCAUUACCGCGGCGUGAAGGACCUCACACCUGCGGAUAGGGGAAUCUACGAGGGCACGCCUGUCGUCAAUGACGCGUUCCUGGGCCACAUUCGCGCGGGCCGCGUCGAGUACAUUCGUGGAGACACCCUCAGGCUGACGAAGCAGGGCGUGCGUGUACGCGUACGGCCACGAGGGUCCAAGCCGGGUGAUAAGAAGCAAAGAUCGAGCUCGGAAGAGUACCCGACGCGCGAGUUUUCUGCAGAUGUUGUCGUGCUCGCGACAGGGUUCGAGCCGCCCAGUGUGGAAUUUUUACCGCAUGAUCUGUUCCCAGAGGGUUACGAGCGCCCAGACUUGUACCUGCAAAACUUCUCGACGGAGGACUGGUCGGUGCUGAUGACGAACUCGUCGUAUCUGAACGCGAUCGGUACGCCGCUCUUUUCCCAUAUCGGGAUAUAUACUCGCAUCCUGCUCACGUUCUUACUCGACAAGGACGCACGGCCGCCGCCGCGCGACAUGAAGUUGUGGGUCGACGCGUUGCGGUUCGUCAAGCGAGGGGCGCGCGGGGGCGCUCUUGGAUUUUUCACGUAUAUGGAGCUCAUGAUUUGGUUCGUCAUGUUCCACGUCCUGCGUCCGGACAGACUCCAGUGGAUGUUUUUCGUGAUGCAGGGGUGGGGCGUGAACGUCAACAGGGUGGGCAAGUGAGCCGGCUCGUGGACUGUAUGGGCGCAACAGAGAAAAAGACGAUGGACAUUUCCACGCCCAGGAGCGAAUGUAUAGAUACGUGAGGCGAGUGUAGGUAUGUGGAGGUACGAGGGCCAGUCUGAUCUAACUACGUCAUCGUGAGCUUUCGAGCAUGUACUUGGUAUGUCGGUGGAUAGCCUUGAUGUAUGUGGUCACAUUCAAAUGUGUAUAGUUUCAUCGCCGUC